AUAAGAUAUAAAAUUCUAUCUUCAAGAUAAAGUAAUGGAAAAUAUUCUCCCGGGAAAGGCUUUUUCCAUAAUACCUUAAUCAUACUGACUGGUUACAAACCAGUACUAUUGUCCUAAAGCUCUGUUGCUUUUGGCUUUCUCACACGUCACGUGUCGUCUGCAUUGCCUGCAAAUAAUGAUAUUUACCUAUAUUUACCAGAUAUUCAAACCUGCUACUGCUAACGCCACGCUUUUUAUAAAGGUUAGGCCGGUCUUAGCAAGUUUGUUUGUUAUCAAAAGAAAGGAACUUUGCAAGCUGCAAGAUGGGUCGGUCGGGAGCAUCGCAGAGGCAAAAGAAAGCAGAGAAAGCGAAAGUGAAACUUAAAGGACACGCUACAAAAUUCCUGCCUAAGGGGAAAAAUGUAACAAACACCACCUUCAAAGUCCGAAAGAUAGUUCUCCAGGAGCAGCUAAAAACACCAGAUGGUAGUCAACCACUGUCAAGGAGGAAGUUAAAUGUCAAGGAAGUUCUCUCAAGAUUACAGCAUUACAGUUCCUCACAACGUCAGGAAGGGCUAGUUGGACUCAGUGAGCUGCUUAAUCAGAUGGACAUGGGCCAGUUGACAUCACACUUGUUCAGCAUUAUGGACAGUUUGGCAAGACUUUCUCUUGACCCCGAAUCCUCAGUGAGAAAACAAAGUGCUCAUAUCCUGACAUCAGUAUUUUCGUUGGUGAAUGAAGCUCAACUAAUGCCAUUCUGUCAAGUCCUUGGAUCUUAUCUCAGUUGUGCAAUGACACACAUUCAACUAAAGGUUCAGGAGGAUUCUUUGCUGCUCUUUGAUGCAAUUUUGGAACAUGCACCAGCUUUAGCAGCUGCCUCUGCAAACCAAUUACUACCAUGUGUCUUAGACAUGAUAUCACGAUCAAGAAGUGAUCAUCAAUCUGGUCGACAGCUAUCCGUUCAGCUGUCAAGCAACAUCACAUCAUCAAUUUGGAGAGCCAAAGUAUUUGGUCGUCUCCAAGCACUCCUCAUUGUGUCACUGAAAAAGUGCACGGAUAAUGGAUCUCCGACUCGCAAUCUUUGUUAUUCUGCUCACCACUCAUCAGUUCCAGUAAGUAAAGAUUGCUUGAAGGAGCUGAAGUUUCCUUUGUAUAACAGUAACUAUGCCACACCUUUGUGCUUGAGUACAGUUUUUCACAAAUUAAACAGGAACACAAAACAACUUAUAGAUGAGCCAUCACAAUUUAAAACGUUUGUGGAAUCCUUAAUGCCUCUUAUGUUUGAUUCCUGGUUGGAAGUUAACCCCUCAACACUGAAGAAAUCCAAGGGAGCUGAAGAUAAUGGACUUCAGCUAGAAUCAGCUCUCACAUUGCAUUGUGUUUUGGAAAUAAUUAAUUUGCUGUGGGAGCAUCUUGUCUCAAGGGGGAAAGCAAAUUCAAGGACUGACUUGACAGAAUGGUUUAAGGUAACAUAUGUGAAAGAUUUCCACAAAUAUCUUGGAACAGGAUUCCCAUAUGAAGCUAGGCUUAUUAUUGAAGAAGAGAGCAAAGAUACGAGUCAAGGCCAUGGAAGACGGCGGUCAAAACCUGAAAAAACAGCCACCCCUGAUGCUUCUUUAUUUAAGUUGGCUUCACCCUUCUUUCUUAAAGAUAAGGAUGAAAAAUCAUGUAAUAAAGCAAUAGGUAAAUGUAUCUUACAAAAUCUGAUACUUUGUCACCUGCUGGCAAAUAUGAUAGAAUCUCCGACAGCUGCUGUCAAAGGAAAGCUCUUAGGGAUUCUUAUUACAUACCUAAAUCAGUGGGAUGGUAGCUUGUCCCCAUGGUCAGAUCAUCUCCUUAGGGCUUUGAGAAGUGUCUUUGAAAAGAGCCGUUUGUGGGGAUGUGAUCUGGACCCACUGUUGGCUGCUGUUGUGCAGAGGUACCACCGCUCAUCUGCCAAGCAAACUGCCGCUCAUCAGCUUUUAGCCUCCGAAUUGUGUGAUUUACUAGGGGAGAUUCCUGUGCUUGAAAAUUUACAACACCUCCAGAAAUGUGAGAGCCUUAGUUCCUGGGUUUCUCUACUUCCUUCUUCAUUAAGCAGUGGAAAUAUAUCAUUAAACAAGCUUUGUUUGUUUAACAAACUGGCCUGUCAAAACAAUGCAGCAUUCCUGAAUGGCCUCCAAAAUUCUUUUCCUUCUCUUUUAGCUGCUGUUGUUAAUUUUGAAACAUCUGAAGGAGAAAACAGACUUGAAAAAGAAGCAGGACUUGCCAGCCUGUUUUAUUGGUUUCCUUUUUGGACCGAUACUCAGUUGUUAUCAUUGGAAGAGGUCCUGACUGAAAAUCAGUCUUCCCUGGCUAAAAAAAUAGCCAACAUUUUAUUAAUCAGGAGUGAUAAGUUUGAAAUAUUUAGACAAGCAUAGUAACAUGUAACACAGUUAUAUAGAUGCAAAUACGGUAGAUCACUAUCUGACAUGAUCAUUGUGAAGAAUAAUCAAUUUUAUAAUGAGUCGUAAUAAAGAAUAAAUUAACAGAA